AUGCCAGAGGACGGCAGAGGCGGAAAGGCAGAGCGGAGCUCCUCCACCUCCACCGCCACCGAUGUCGCAGUGUCCAGCGACACCACCACCACCACCGGAGCCGAGGCCGCAAACCCCACCCCCGCCGCCAAGAGCGUCAGCGGCCGGAGAACACCACCAAAGGCCCCAACUCUGUUGGCUUAUGACAGUCCUGCAUCCGACGCGUCUGCCGGCGACGCUCCCGCUGGGGGGUCCGGCCCCCAGCCAGUACCUUCUUCUUCUGCUAGGGAGUCGGCGACAACUCCUGUAGGAACUCUGCCCACGCCAGCACCAAGGGUUGCCGGACCCAGGGGUCCGGAGCUAGAGGCCGCCACACCUCCAAGGUCCGAUGCCGCCCCGCAGCAGGAGGCCACCGGACCUCCUGUGAUGACAGAGGUGCCAGCAGCUGCAAUGGCGCCGGACAUCAUGGCGGAGCCCCCUCCAUCCGAGCCAGCAGCAGAGGAGGCUGCCACAAUGGCAGAGCGGGCAGCACCGGAGGCUGCGGAGGUACCGGAGGCGGCAGCGCCAGAAGCUGCAGUGGUGCCGGAGGUAGCGAUGCCGGAGGUCGCCGAGGUCGCCAGCACCACUCCACUUGCACAGGAGGAGGAACCGGAGGUGGUGCUGGGAAGGCGCCUUCUGCCAAGUCCAGCGGAGGUCCCCCUCCCCCGCCUCUUUGCCAAGAGCCAGCAGGCUCAGGAGGAGCUGGAGAGGGUGCAGGCGGCGGCGGACAGGGAGAAAAUCACCCUGGAGCUGGCCAACCAGGCCAAGAGGGUGGUGGAGGUGACCAAGGCGCAGGAGGUUACCCUUGCAGAACUAGAGGCAGCCGCGGUGGAGAGGGAACGCAGGCUUGCCGCCCGUGAAGCAGAGGAGGUGGCCCGGCUCGAGGAGCUCCAGGAGCGGGAGGCGGCCGUGGAGAAGGAACUGGCGGCUGGGACCCGGAGGCUUCGGGAGCAUGAGACAGCCCUCCAGGAAUGGGAGGCCAAGGUGGAGGAGUUCCUGGCGGAGCGGAGCGCCAGCAUCGAUCGAAUAGUGAGGUGGGUCGGUGAAGUGAACCCUUCCCUGGAAACGCUCGGAGCAAGCCCCAUCUGGGUGGCAAAGGCUCCAUCUUCACUUGGCGCUGCCCUCCAGGUGCUGGACUCCACCGCCGAGCGGUUGCGGGACCUGGAGGCCAGCAUGCACGACCUCCUAGAGACAGAAGGGCGAGCAGUUGCACGGGGGACGGCAGAGCAUCUACACCAGCUUCCGGAGCCACAAUCCCGCCUUCCAGCUGACUCCCGUCCUGGUCGGCCCCAUCCAGGCGAUGGCGGCCGCUGCGCUGGAAGGAGUACAGGAGGCGGCGGACAUGGUGGUGUCCCGCAUCCAACGCCGCCCCGAACCUGCAGGAAGUGA